GUCAUAAGUAAUGUUUGAGUGUGAUUUGUCUGCAAUAUUAAAUGUCAUACUUCAUAGGAGAGUAGUAUUUUUGUGCUCAAUAAUAUCGAAAUGGCUGAGAAUAGAGAAGAAAUUCUUGCGAAUUUUCAAGGAAUAACAAAUAUUGAAGAUGUUGCUGAAGCAAUAUUCCAUUUAGAAGAAGCAAAUUGGGAUUUACUUUCUGCCAUAAACCGAGUGAUGCCUCAAGAUGGAAGCAGCUCAGCAUCCCAUUCCAAUGACACUCACGAUGUGGAGAUGAUAGAUGACGACAUAUCUGUGAUAACUCCAAAAACUCACCCACCCGAUCGGGAAGACAGUCAAGCCUCAACAUCAUCCCCUAGAAAUAAUUCCCUCAACCUAGUAGAGUUACAAGUUCAUUGUAAUAAUAAGAUACACGAGAUCAAAAUAUCAGGUUCAGCGACAGUCAAUGAUCUCAAGAAGCGUUUGGAACUGGUAUGUGGAAUUCCAGUUUGCAGACAGCAAAUAUCUGGUCUAGGUGGUUCCAGAGCGACCUCCACUGCUGCAUUGUCGACACUCGGUCUAACAAGGAAUGCUGUUCUACGGCUGAAGGCUGCCGAUACUGUCAUGGCUGAUGAUGAGGUAGCGGAAAGAUUGACAACGACCUACGUACUCCGAGUUAAGCAUGACGAGAGGGAAUACACACUCAAAUAUCCUGGAACGAAAACUGUACAAGAAGUCAAAAACGACCUCUACUCACUCACAGAUAUACCCGUCAGAUAUCAAGUAUGGACGGGCUGGCCGACUGUGUCAGGUCUGGAUGACACAGUGUUAGCUAUGGUCGGUCUAGAUCUACCACAGCAUGAGCUCACAGUCAAAAGAGCACCCAGAUUCAAGGAGUACAAAAGAAUUAUAGUUGAAAGUUCAGAUAGUGAGAACAGUUCGGUUGAAGAAGUAGAAGACGGUGACAAUUUCCCAACGGAGGAUGAUAUGUUUGUUGAUGUAACCUCGGAAAGACUGCAGCCAUUGAUGUCGGAUAACAUUGAAGAUGAAGCCCUCGGCUGUAUAGAGUUCUCACAACGUUUCCGAGCCCGCUAUGGUCCUAACACACCUAAUUUCUUCGAGGGUACCCUACAUGAUGCAAUCAAAGAAUCCUGUCUCAAACCAGCCAAUGAGCGUAAGCUGUUAGGUGUGUACCUGCAUCACGAGCAGUCUGUGUUGUCUAACGUGUUCUGUGCACAGCUUCUGGGAUGUGAAACUGUGCUGCAAACCCUCGCAGCUAACUUUGUGCUAUACGGCUGGGAUCUCACACAUCCACAUAAUAAUAAUAUGUUGUUGUCAUCUAUAGCCAGUUCCCUGGGACCUGUCGCCAGUAUGACUGUCCGCAGCAUCCCAGUGGAGCGUCUCCCCGCCUUGCUCGUCAUCAUGAGAGUGAGAUCCAACACCGAAAUAUACUCCGUCAUUAAUGGUAACGUGGGCGUGUCUGAGCUGGUUGGUGGUUUAGUGGAAGCGCUUGAGAGGUUCGCCGUGCAAAGGGCGGAGGACGCGAGGGUCGAGAGGGAGCGGGACGCGCGGCAGAAGGUCAAGAGAGAGCAGGACGAGGCCUACCAGCGGAGUCUAGAGGCGGACAGAGCGAAAGAAGAAAUAAAAAAACAGCAGGAACUAGAAAGAAAUCAAGAAUUAGAGAGAGCGGAGUUAGAAAGACUUAUGGAGGAGGCCAAAAAAGAGGAGCAGCGUGCCGGUGCCGCAGCCCGAGUGCCGUGUGAACCUGCGGCGGGUGCUGCGGACGUGGCCCGCGUGCGAGUGAGACUGCCGCCGCCCCACCACGAGUGUCUCGAGCGACGCUUCAACGCCACUGACACGCUCGCGGCGUUGUUAGACUUCCUCGCCUCAAAGGGUUACCCACAGGAGAACUACAAAGUAAUAGCUAGCUGGCCUAGAAGAGACCUGACGAUGGAAUCUCACAGCAGCACAUUGAAAGCGUUAAAGCUGUAUCCGCAGGAGACGGUUAUGUUGGAGGAGCGGUGAACGGACACUACACAAGAACGGACCAGUUUCACGAUUAUGUUAUAUACAGUUAGGCCACGUACACACUGGAAGAAUAAAACAUAGGACUACAGAGAAACGUUUGCAUAUAUGCUCAUGGAUUUAUUUUAUCUAAUUUGAUUUACUCCAAAUGAUAAAUGUAUUCAACUUCCAUUCUGAAUUUAUAUCCCAUAUGGUUCCUGGCGGAAAUUUACCAGUAUUAUGGCUAUGGAAUUGUGACUCUGCGAAAGUUUACUGAUAUUUUUGAUUUACUUUAGUUAAUUUUGAUGUACUGGAAUGUGAAACUAGUACGUUUCCCGUGUCCCCGCUCGUAGGAUUCCAAAAGCUGGUUUUAUUUUCAUUAAAAACAAUUCCCGGCGAGUUGUGUAUGUGAAGAAACUUGCAGCUGAUUAAAUAUUAGUUUAUAUUUGUAUAAAUGGUAUUGUAUGUGAAUUAAAAUAAUUAAAAUAUAUCAUAGUUUGGUUAAUGCGAAGGGCGGUAGUGAUUUUUUUUUAUCUACAAAAAUUAUCGGUAACAAACCUUCUUUCCUACAGUCUUCGUCCAUAAUUUAAAAAAAAAUCCGAUGUCGGAUAAACAGAUACAGAUAAUAGUUUUGGUUGGCGGGCUAUGACACGGUUUCGUUUUCCUCACUGCCAUCCUGAUUUCUGCUUCAAAGCCACAUUACCUCAUUGCUACAAGCGAUAAGUCUAUAAAAACUUAAUUUCCUUCUAUCAAACAUAGCAACAGCAUUCGCCUGUUCGCACUAGUAUAACAAAACUAUUUUUAUUAGAAUGAAAUAGAUAUUUUUUUACAAGUCCUUAUCACAUUACAUCUAACUACUGUUCACCCUUUUCAUGAUUCGGGCUGGCAAUGAGUCGUUAUAAAUGAUUUCUUUAUUAUUUUUAAACCCCAAUCGACUUCAAAUCAUAAUCGCAUAGCAAAUAUAUUUUUCGCUACACAAGUAACUCGUACAUCCAAGGCCUAUAUUGUUUUAACGUGCCCAAAGACCCUUCGGGCCUAACGGUUUAAGCAUACAUAAGAUGAAUUACGCUAAUACCUAUCCAAGAUUUUGAACUUUGUAAUUUUUCACCAAAAAACCACUUGACUUUAAGUGUAUUGAAGGUUAUAUUCAAAUAAUAAACAGAAAGGAAAAUGUU